AUCCAAGAUGGCGGUGCAGGAAUCAGCCGCUCAGCUCUCAAUGACUCUGAAGGUGCAGGAGUACCCCACUCUCAAGGUGUUGUAAGCUAACACAGUUGAGGAGAGGAAGCUCACCAUUUUCCUGCCCCUUGAAAGGAGAGCAUAGUUCUGUAAUGGUUCCCCCCACCUAGGUGCCGUAUGAGACCCUGAACAAGCGGUUCCGCGCUGCCCAGAAGAACAUCGACCGCGAGACCAGCCACGUGAGCAUGGUGGUGGCCGAGCUGGAGAAGACGCUCAGCAGCUGUCCCGCCGUGGACUCUGUCGUCAGUCUGCUCGAUGGGGUUGUGGAGAAGCUCAGCGUUCUGAAACGCAAGGCCGUGGAGUCCAUCCAGGCCGAAGAUGAGAGCGCCAAGCUGUGCAAGCGCAGGAUCGAGCACCUGAAGGAGCACAGCAGCGACCAGCCCGCCGCCGCCAACAUGUGGAAGAAGAAGCGCAUGGACCGCAUGAUGGUGGAGCACCUGCUGCGCUGCGGCUACUACAACACAGCCGUGAAGCUGGCCAGGCAGAGCGGCAUCGAGGAUUUGGUAAAUAUUGAGAUGUUUUUGACUGCUAAAGAAGUGGAAGAGUCAUUGGAAAGACAAGAGACUAUGACUUGUUUGGCUUGGUGUCAUGACAACAAAUCCAGACUCAGAAAAAUGAAGAGCUGUCUGGAGUUCAGCCUAAGGAUUCAGGAGUUCAUUGAACUCAUUCGACAGAACAAGAGACUGGAUGCUGUGAGACAUGCAAGAAAGCACUUCAGUCAGGCUGAGGGGAGCCAGCUGGAUGAGGUUCGACAGGUGAUGGGAAUGUUGGCCUUUCCUUCAGACACUCAUAUCUCUCCCUAUAAGGAUCUCUUGGACCCUGCUCGAUGGAGAAUGCUGAUCCAACAGUUUAGAUAUGAUAACUACAGACUACAUCAGCUGGGAAACAAUUCUGUUUUUACUAUAACACUCCAGGCAGGCCUUUCAGCUAUAAAAACACCGCAGUGUUACAAAGAGGAUGGGAGCUCCAAAAACCCCGACUGCCCCGUGUGUAGCAAAUCCCUGAACAAGCUGGCUCAGCCCCUGCCCAUGGCACACUGCGCCAACUCCCGGCUCGUGUGCAAGAUCUCGGGGGAUGUCAUGAACGAGAACAACCCUCCCAUGAUGUUACCAAAUGGAUAUGUCUAUGGCUACAAUUCUCUGCUUUCUAUCCGUCAAGAUGACAAAGUAAUUUGCCCAAGAACCAAAGAAGUCUUCAACUUCUCACAAGCUGAGAAAGUGUACAUCAUGUAGGUGUGUGCCCGCAGGAUGAAGUGCCGCUGGGAUUUUGACACAGAGCAUCUUGGCAUGCCCUGCAAAGGGGGGGGCCUUAAUGUGUGGCAAAGAAGCAAAAGCUGCCACCCUGGGGAGCAGACCUGUCGGUGGCAUGAUUGUUUCUUGCGACCAAAGAUCAAUGAGCAACAAUAAACACUCUUGAAAGGAAAAAAAAAAAAAAAAGAA